UUCAGUUUGAAUUAGAAACUUUAUUUAUACGGCUGUCAUCGAUCGAGUAAUCAAUCGAGAUAUUUUAUAAUGAAAACACAGAUCAAAGUAUCAAAAGCUAAACCUAUUUUGGGUUAUUCCAGGAUAUGCUUGAUUCUGGGAGGAAUAUGGCCCCUACCGCUGCAGUCGCAAAACCGAGUACUUCAGAGAGCAUAUUCAAUAUACUCUGGACUAAUGAGAUUUUAUUUACCAUUUAUGUUAAUUUCGUUAUUAAUUAAAUUUGCCAUAUCAAUAGUCAAUGAGAGAACGGAAAGGAAUUUAGAGAAAAUAUUUUUUAAACUGAACUACAUAAUCAUUUUACUAAUUACAUGUUUUUCAAUGAUGCUCUGUCAACGCAAAGAGGUUAAAGAAAUCAUAGGCUAUAUAAUGGAAGAUGAUAAUGAAAUCAUAUGCUCUAAGGUCGAGGACAUGAUACAAUGUCAUUUGGCACAGGUUCGGCUGUGCUCGAGAUCAUGUCUGGCAAUCAUGAUUCUGACUUUUGGGAGUGGUAUAUCGAUGUGUUUUGAAAACUACUGGCGAAGAUUAGAAAUCGAUCGUAAUAACAUACGCUACAAUGAAAGUGUGGAAAAGCCCUUUGUAUUUGAGUUGUAUUAUUUUAAUUUGGACGCGAACAAACACGAUACUGCUCUUGUGGUGGUCAACGAUGUAUGUACCGCAAUAAACUCUCUUUUAUGUACUUCGACGAAAAUGCUUCUUUUUUCUUCAAUUAUACAUUCAGCCUCCAUUUUAAAAAGGCUGCAGAUUAAAUUCGAAAAAUUAUAUGGUUAUAGAGGACGAGUUUUGAUAGUUUUAAGAGAUCUUGUUCAAGAACAUCAGAACGUUAUUGGAUUUGUUGAAAAGUUAAAUAACUGGCUAAAGUAUUUAAUUUUUUGGGAAUUUCUACUAGACUCAAUAAAUAUAGCCGCGGUUUCAAUGCAAUUAAUAACGUCCGAAGGGAAACUGCUUAUAUCGCCCAUAUUAUUUUUUUGUGUUCUUUGCUCGCAAACCUUUAUUCUUGGAUGGUGCACCAACGAAGUAAAAUACCAGAGUUUGAUGUUGGCUGACGCUUUGCUUCGUGGAAAAUGGUACCACCAAAGUGAGGAAGUUAAAAAUAUACUGCUGGUCAUGCUCGUACAAACUCAAAGACCACUUGUACUUACUAUUGGACCAUUUGAUGCCAUGACAAUCCAAUCGGCUUUAACGAUAAUGAAAGGAUCCUACUCCUACAUCAGCAUUAUGAUGAAUGACUAAAAACUGAUGGUAAUAAUUAGAAAGUUCAUUUUGAUGUUGCGAUUGUUACCAACCAAUCCGAAUUUUAGAAAAGCAUCUACAUUCUUCCACUGUUUCUAGUGCUAUAGAAAAUCCAUUUAACAGAAUCAAAUUACAACAAAAAAAUGUUCAGAUUUAGACAGUCAUUUAUGACAACACCAUGCCUUUAAGAAAUACAAAGUAUGACAAUAUUCCGAACAAAUUUAGUUUUCCUUUUCUUUAAUCAUGAUG